AUUUCCAGUGUGGGCGGCGUGCCAUUAGAAUUAAUGGCACCCGCAUUCCUCUGUGUGGGUGGUGCAGCUGCAGGUAUUUGUGCGGGUCCUGCAUUCCUCUGUGUCGGUGGUGCGGCUGCUGGUAUUUGUGCGGGUUCCUCAUUCCUCUGUGUGGGUGGUGCGGCUGCAGGUAUUUGUGGGGGUCCCGCAUUCCUCUGUGUGUGUGGUGUGGCUGCAGGUCCCACAUUCCUCUAUGUGGGUGGUGCGGUUGCAGGUAUUUGUGCGGGUCCCGCAUUUCCUCUGUGUGGGUGGUGCGGCUGCAGGUAUUUGUGCGGGUCCCACAUUCCUCUGUGUGGGUGGUGCGGCUGCAGGUAUUUGUGCGGGUCCCACAUUCCUCUGUGUGGGUGGUGCGGCUGCAGGUAUUUGUGUGGGUCCCACAUUCCUCUGUGCGGGUGGUGCGGCUGCAGGUAUUUGUGCAAGUCCCGC